UUAAGUGCGAUAACGUGGCGCUUCCAGACGCUCUCUAUGUAAUAAUUUUUCCACAGCUUGUGAUAGGGUACUUGGGCGCUGGCAUCCUAUGUAAUUUCAGUUGGGAAGAGCGAUCACUUGAGAGGAACCGAGAAGAGAUGCUGAUUCUAGUGACCGGUGCGUCUGGUUACCUCGGUGGCAAUCUCUGUCGCGCACUUAUAGCUGACGGUCACACGGUUAGGGCCUUUGUGCGGCCCAGCAGCGAACUCAGUUCCCUCGGAAUUGGCGGCGGAGGAGAAGUUGGAGAUUCUUCGCUGGAGCUUGCGUACGGAGACAUUACUGACCCCCCUUCCCUCCUCGAGGCCUGCGCUGGCUGCGAAGUCAUUUUUCACGCCGCGGCACUUGUCGAGCCCUGGCUUCCGGACCCUUCCAGAUUCUUCUCGGUAAACGUGGGUGGCCUAAGAAACAUUUUACAAGCAUCUAAAGAGACAAAGACAAUCAAGAAAAUAAUCUAUACAUCAUCCUUUUUUGCUCUUGGCUUCACUGAUGGCUACGUUGCAGAUGAGAAACAGGUCCAUCAAGGCAAGGUUUUUUGCACGGAAUAUGAGAAAUCGAAGGCCAUUGCAGACAAAAUUGCAUUGGAUGCUGCAGCCAAUGGUGUUCCUAUUGUUCUUCUCUAUCCAGGAGUCAUCUAUGGACCGGGAAAGCUUACAACUGGAAAUAUUCUUGCACACAUUCUAAUCGAACGUUUCAGUGGACGUUUACCCGGUUACAUAGGCCAUGGAAAUGAUAUGUUGUCAUUUGUUCAUGUAGAAGAUUUGGUCUACGGACAUAUAGCUGCAAUGUAUAAAGGCCAAGUUGGCGAGAGGUAUCUGCUCACAGGGGAAAAUGCAUCAUUUAUACAAGUUCUUGAUAUUGCUGCAGCCAUCACGAAAACAAGCAAGCCGAGGCUUCACAUUCCUAUGUGGCUGAUAGAACUUUAUGGUUGGAUAUCAGUUUUCUUUGCUAGGAUGACUGGCAAACUCCCUCUUAUCAGUUAUCCAACUGUGAGAGUUAUGAAACAUCAAUGGGCAUAUUCAUGCGAGAAGGCUAGAGAUCAGUUGGAUUAUCGUCCAAGAAGCUUGAAUGAAGGCUUGGCAGAGGUGCUUCCUUGGCUCAAAAGCUUGGGGUUGAUAAAAUACUAAGUAAUGGUUGGCUUCGGUACAUUACAUGUUCUUUAGUUGGCGAGUCCUAAAUCAGAAUCCUGAAGAGAGCAAUAAUGGAGUGUCCAAUGGCGGUUUCCAUCAAUAGUUUGCUGGUAAAUUGAAGAUAUAAUAAUGAAAAGAGCUAAAUCAAACUCUUUUAUUGCGAUGAAGUAAUCAUUGUGAAUGUAUACUGGAGGCAUCUUUGAAGUAAGUGUUAAGGAUAUGCUGAUACAAAGUUUAUGAAGAUAGAUAUUUGAUGUAAAUGGAAUUAUGGACUAAUUAAAAUUUUGCUAAGUUCUUGA